AUGCGUAGGUUUAGAAACCACGCUACACUCAAAGAUGAUACAAGAUUUGAGAAACAAAGCGCGCUUUUUGCUCUAGCGAUUUCAGACAUUGUAUUGAUAAACAUAUGGUGCCAUGAUAUUGGUCGAGAGCAUGCUGCCAACAAACCCCUUCUUAAAAUAGUUUUCCAGGUGAUGAUGCGUUUAUUCAGCCCCCGUAAGACUACACUGCUGUUUGUUAUACGUGAUCAAACAAAGACUCCACUUGAGUAUCUGGAGCUUGAUCUAAGGAAAGAUAUUCAGAAGAUAUGGAGUGAAGUUGCUAAACCUGAGGUUCAAAAAAAUUCUCCCCUGAGUGAUUUUUUUAAUGUGGAGGUUAUUGCUUUGUCUAGCUUUGAAGCAAAUAAGAAGCAAUUUAAAGAAGAGGUUGCUCAACUGAGGCAGCGGAUUUCCGAUUAUUUUUCUACAGGGGGCCGCCUGGCUGGUGAUAGGCAGGGAGUUGUCCCUGCUUCAGGAUUUUCUUUCAUUCUGCAGCAGAUAUGGAAAGCAGUGAAAGAGAACAGGGAUCUGGAUCUUCCUGCUCACAAGGUGAUGGUUGCCACUGUUCGAUGUGAAGAGAUUGCAAACGAGAUGCUCAAACGGUUGAACUCUGAUAAGGUUUGGAUGGCAUUAAAAGAAGAUGUUAAAGCUGGUCUGGUACCAGGGUUCGGGGAAACACUUCGCCCUAUUAUAGAAUCCUAUCUUUCAGAAUACGACAAGGAGUCCAUCUAUUUUGAUGAUGUUGUAAGAAAUGCAAAACGGCAACAGCUGGAGCUAAAUGCGUUAGAUGUGGUACGCCAUGCUCAAGCUACCAUGUUGGGCCAUCUCAGUUCAAAGGCACUCAAAAGUUUUAAGAUUGGGCUGAAACAAUCGCUGAACGAUGGAAAAGGGUUUGCUGAAUCUGUUCGUGCUAGUAAACGUUCUUCCAUGUCCGAUUUUGAUCGAGGAUGUGAAGAUGCUUCCAUAAGACACAGUAAUUUGGAUGCUUCCGAGGCCCGCAAAAAACUUGGCAGUGAUAUGGAGACAGUCGCGUCAUCGAUAUCCACAAGCGAGUUGUCAGAAUUGAUGGCCAAAAUUAAGAAACAACUCACUGAUGAUCUAACUGGACCUGUAGAAUCCGUACUUGAAGCUGCUGAAAACAAUAUGUGGCCUUCAUUGAGAAAGCUUGUUAAGUACAAGUCUAAGGAUGCUGUCUCCGAAUUUUCAACUGCUGUUGCUAGUUUUGAGUUAGACGGAUCUAAAAUUGACAGAAUGGUGCAAACUUUGAGGAAGCAUGCAAGAAACGUAGUUGAAAAAAAGGCUAGAAAAGCAGCAGCAGCAAAUAAAACCCUUUCCCGGAUGAAGGAUAGGUUCACAAGGGUUUUCAAUUAUGACAACCAUUCAAGGCCAAGAGUUUGGACUGGCAGAGAAAACAUUGAAACAAUUGUGAAAGAUGCACACUCUGAGUGUUUGAAAAUCCUGUCAAUCAUGGCAGCCAUUCGCCUAGACAAGAAGCAAGAUAAUAUCGAGAAAUUUCUUUCCUCGCUCAUGGAUGAAACUGUCUCUGUUCCAUCUUCCAGAGAUAGAAGCAAUGAGGCUGCUAGAGACCCCCUUGCGUCAAGCAAAUGGGAAGAGAUCUCUCCAAAUGAUACACUGCUGACACCAGUGCUGUGCAAGUCAUUAUGGGAGCGGUUUGAAGCAGAGACCAAGAAUGUAGUGGACCAAGCUAUUUCCUCCCAG